AUGCAUAUGCGGCUAAAUAAACGGAGGAGGAACCAUGUGCAGGAGCAGAUGUCUGAGCUCCCGCAAGAUGCCAAGAACGAUUCACUUGCGGCAGCGCAGGUUAUCUUCAAACGGCAUGCAGAUAAUGCGAACAGUACACCACCGUCGCCCGUAGGGCUAGAUUCUGCUGGGCACCUGGAUAAACAGGCUGAUACCGCACAGAGAGUUCACAAGGUCGGCACUCCAAGUGGUACAUCUAGCAGCCACAAUAGUGGGAACGAGGGUAUGCACAAGGUGACAAAGCCAUUGGGAGAAAAUACGGCAACUACAGCUCCUAUAGCAAUAAAACAACCAGUGCGUGUGGUUAGGGCAUCGCCAACAGCAAUAGUAUCACCUACUUCCCAUACUCCGCUUGAUGCAGCCACUGCCGCAGCUAAUGUAGUGGCAGAGAAGUCCAAAAUCAGAACAACUCAACAGCAAUUACAGGAUAAGAAAAGGAGAGAUAUAGAAAAUGCGCACCAUGCAGCUUCUGCAGCCGCAGUCACUUCCUCUAAUCUGGCUGUUGGGUCCCCUCCAUCUCAAUAUAUUCCUUCGGUGCCAACAUUGAAUGUAACAUCCCCACAAAUGAGGAAUAGUAGCCAGAAUAUAGAUAGGAGAUCAAAAAGUAAUGAAGAAGCACAUAAUGGUCAUGAGAAGAUGAUGAAUUCGAGAUCUAAUUCGAUAAACUCGAGCACUAUUAAGGGAUCUGUGUCCGAACCCAAUACGGUGACACCAUUAAGACAGAACUCCCCCAGUAAUAUGGACGAUAUUAUUCAAAAAAUGGAAGCAGUUGAUAUUGAUGAGGGUCGGAAAAACAGUUUUGUUAUGAAUGGGUCUGGUGACAGUGUGGAUAGCCUUAAACCUAACGUUGUUAGACGGCCUAUGAGAACACCAUCAGGAAGGCGAGUACGACCCCCAUCACCAAUAGAUAAAAUAGGUAGUAUUCAGGAGCCGCAUUUAGAAAGUACCGGUUUCAAUGAUCAAAACGACUUCUCUGAAAUGUCAUCUCUUAUUGACGGGUCCUCAUCAGAAGAUAUCACAAAAAUAAGAGGCAGUGGUAUCCGAGAGAGGUCACCAGUUGAUGGAGUGGAACAUGGAGGUAUGUCAGUAAAUAUACCAAUGCAGAGAUCCUUAUCGUCCGAUGUCCUUUCACCUUCACAACAAGCAGCAAUGGUAGCGGCGACCAAACUAUCGCCGAGUACGCAGACUCUCCCUGUUGAAGAACUAGAGUAUCUUGCUUCCACUGGUGAUGUUUCUGCUUAUAAGGCUCUAAAUAAGAUUAAUGGAACUAAUAUGGCUUAUAAGGGAACUAUUCCAGACCUAAUACCAAGUCGUGCAAGGGCUCAGAAGACAAGUAAAUUGAAAUUUAAAAUAUUCGGUGGUGGAAAAAAUAGUGAUAGAAGAAAUAAUGCUACACCUAUUGGAUAUGACCCUGUAAUGAAUAUCAGCACCGAUUUUGGAGGUAAAAAAGUGGUUGAAUCAAACCAGAAUAAUGUUAAAUUUAAAACUACGAUGCGCAGCCAGAAAUAUUUAGGAAAUGAUAAUCUUGAUGACAAUGAUCUCAGGACCCAGUAUAUUGAUGACGAUGACGAUGAUGAUGAUUAUGAUAGUGCUUAUGAAGAUUUGGAUUAUUCUCGAGAUGAUAGUGAGGCUAUGUAUAAAGGCGACAGGGAAUCGUCGAACCCUCGAAGUAACAGUUUGUUGCAAAGCAGUAGUUAUUCUGGUAAGGUUGGUUUUAAUAGUAACGCAAACAGCGGUACAUCAAUUAACAAUUCUGGGAACGUAAGCAAUUUGGAUUAUUCAUUGAGAGAUGGUGUAGCGGAGAAGAAGAAAAGUCGGAGAGAUAAAAUCAAGAAAAAACUGAAAAGCACGGCAUCAGUUGUGCCAUAUUACCCUCAUUAUGCGCUGACGCAUUUAGCAAGUGGAGUAAGCACUGUAAACAGUAAUUUAAACAAUAGUAACAAGAACACUAAAUGGUUCAAUGAGGACAAGCCAUGGAAGUCGCACAAGGAUGUUGGCUUUGUCACAAGUCAAGAAAGGAAAAGGUAUGAAGCUAUGUGGGUUACUAACAGAUAUCUAUAUUUGAAUCUUUUGCCCUGGUGGCCGAAGGAAGAAGUAGAGAAAGAUGAAGAUGAUAGUGCUAGUAACUUAAAUAGUAAUGCUAGCACCAAUGUUGGGGGUGUAUUGAGUGAUGGUGAUAAUGAAGAAGACGAUGUCACCCGAUUCUUACUUUCCCUGCCGGCUGAUGGACUGAUGCUAAAUCUAGUGGCUAAGGACAUCUGGGAACGGUCUAACUUGCCCAAUGAUCUGUUGAAACAGAUCUAUGACCUUGUUGACACCCGAAAGGAUGGAACCUUGAACAGAGAAUCCUUCCUAGUAGGAAUGUGGCUCGUAGACCAAUGUCUAUACGGACGCAAACUGCCACAGGAGCUAGACCCGAAGAUAUGGGACAGCGUGGACCGCUGGGUGCUCAACGUUGUGAACUCUACCAUGAUGACCGCGCUCGAGAGAAAGCAGAAAAAGAAAAUGAUGAAGAAAGAGCUGAAGAACAUCAAAAGAGAACAAAAACAAGCCAUCGCAGAACAGCAUAACUAA